GCCGCGGAAGGCGCCCGGCGCGCCCCAGGCAUGGCGGCGGUGCGGGCGCUGCGGGUGGCGGCGUGGCGGCGGCCGGGGCUCGGCCCCGCGGGGCUCAGGGCGCUGUGGGACGGCCGCAGGUACCCGCAGGGCACAGGGAAGGAGGAAAGAGAAGUGGGAGCAGACGGAGCAGUUCCUGAGAAGGAGGAGAGGAGCGAGCCCAGCCUGAUCCACCCCCCGCCCCGCCGCCGGAGCUACAUCCCGCCCGAGGACCUGCAGAGCUGCCUGGAGUCCCACGUCAGGGAGGUCUUCGGGCCCUCUGUUCCCGAGGACUGGCAGCAGGCUCCCCUGCAGGAGAACCGGCUGAAGCACCGCCUGCUGGCCCGGCUGGCGACGGAGCUGGGACACGCUGUGCCCAACUCGCAGCUGCACCGCAUGCGCUGCGCUGCGGACGUGCUGGGUUUCUAUCGCGCCCCCGUGAAGGACGGCACCAAGAUCGAUGAACUCGCGGCUGCAGAGCUGCCCCGGAACCUGAAAAUCAUCUGGCAGCAGUGACUUCCCCCCCUGCAGCAUCCCUGUGCCUGGCUGGUGCUGCAGGGCAGCAGCAGAGCCCUCUGGUUGGGGUGAGAUCUGUGAAUUUCAGUAAUAAAGGUUCAGUGAGCUGUGCUCA